CGGGACUGAGCCCUUUGCUGUGACAGUAGACAGGCAGAGUAGAUUAGGAGAGCACUUUACCCUCCACACUGUGUACGAUAUACAGCAUGGCUGCUGAGGUCCGGAGAGUGCUGGUGUAUGGGGGCAGGGGGGCCCUGGGCUCCAAGUGUGUGGACUACUUCACAUCCAAAAACUGGUGGGUGGCAUCCAUCGAUGUGACGGAAAAUGCUGCUGCCAGUGCCAAUGUUGUAGUGAAAUUGUCCGAAUCAUUCACACAGCAGUCCGAAGAGGUCACAUCUGCAGUAGAUCAGCUCCUUAAUGGAGAAAAGGUUGAUGCCAUCCUGUGCGUAGCUGGAGGCUGGGCUGGAGGUUCUGCAAAAGCCAAAUCAUUUUAUAAGAGCUGCGACCAGAUGUGGAAACAGAGUGUUUGGACCUCGACCAUUUCCAGCCAUCUUGCCACAAAGUAUCUUAAAGAAGGAGGACUUCUCACCUUGUCUGGUGCAAAUGCUGGGUUAUCUGCUACCCCAGGUAUGAUUGCUUAUGGCAUGGCAAAGGCAGCCGUUCACCAGCUGUGUCAGAGCCUUGGCGGUGAGAAGAGCGGACUGCCAGCGAAUUCUGCUGCCAUAGCCUUACUUCCCGUUACCUUGGAUACGCCAGCCAACAGAGCCUCAAUGCCUGAUGCAGACUUCAGUUCCUGGACACCAUUAGACUUUAUCGUGGAAACAUUUUAUAACUGGACCACCGGGGAUAGCAGGCCAAAGUCUGGCAGCCUUAUUACGGUGGUCACAGAAAAGGGAAAAACAGAACUUGUUCCCGCACAACUGUAAGGCGGAGAAAGUCCAGCCACAGGGGAGUCUGUCUAGGAACUAGCCAAUGUUGUCCUUGAAUAGGUUUCUUUUUUUUUUUAGUUUAGGUAUAAUUAGUUACAAUUCUGGAUAUAAAGAAAAAAGCUAAAAACAUGUAUUUUUCUUAGCCUCCUUUUAUGAUGUGUACUACCAAUAACCUAAAACGAUAAGCUUUUAUUGGCAUUUUCCUGUAUCGUGCAUUGUUAAAGUAUUAUAUUCGCUCAUACAACU